UUUAGCAAAAUUCCCAGCUCUUAAUCCCGACUCUAAUCGACCAACAUCUUCACAAUCCCAACCCCAAUCGAACCAUUAACCAAACGCACCGCCCAUGUCUCCCGUCCUUCCCCAGAUGUAAAGCCACGACACCCGGUUUCCAUCGAUCCGGAGCGAUCUCAUUUCGAGUCCACAAGAUUAGUAACCAAACAAAGGCGGAAGAGAGGCGAAGGCGAAAACUCGUCGAAAGCCGGCCCUGUCGUCUCCUCGGCGUAAAAGAAUCCCACCUUGAUCGCCCCCGAGACGCGGACUCUGUUUGAUCCAAGGAUGGCCUCCGAUCAGCUCCCGCCCGAAGGCGGGAUCCGGUACGUCAAGAUGCAUCCCGAGCCGGCAAUCGCGGUAUCGUCGUCCCAUUCCUUCCGGCUGCAGGAACAGCCCCGGAUCUUUGACGAAUUGCCCAAGGCCGACAUCGUCUCCGUGUCCCGACCCGACGCCGGCGACAUCAGCCCCAUGCUCCUCUCCUACACCAUCGAAUUCCGUUACAAACAGCACACUGGAAUAGCUUGGGCUACCACUUUCAUUAAGUUCAAAUGGCGCUUAGUAAAGAAAGCCUCACAAGUUCUGUAUCUGCAUCUUAAUUUGAAGAAGCGUGCAUUUAUUGAGGAGUUUCAUGAGAAGCAGGAACAGGUUAAAGAAUGGCUUCAAAAUCUUGGCCUAGGGGAGCAUGCACCUAUUGUGCAAGAUGAUGAUGAAGCUGAUGAUGAGCCUGUUCCUUUACUGCAAGAGGAGCACUUGUCAGCUAAAAAUAGAAAUGUGCCUUCUAGUGCUGCACUGCCAAUUAUUCGGCCUGCUCUAGGAAGACAGCAUUCUAUUUCUGACAGGGCAAAAGUUGCUAUGCGAGGUUAUUUGAAUCAUUUUUUGGGGAACUUGGAUAUUGUGAAUUCUCAAGAGGUUUGUAAGUUUUUGGAGGUCUCAAGCCUAUCAUUUUUGCCCGAGUAUGGACCUAAGCUAAAAGAAGAUUACGUUACAGUGAGACAUUUGCCAAAACUUCAAAAGGAUGAUGAUGAUAGAAGCUGUUGUCCCUGCCAUUUUUUCAGUUGUUGUGAUGGCAGCUGGCAAAAGGUCUGGGCUGUACUGAAACCUGGAUUCUUGGCUUUGCUUGAAGAUCCUUUUGACACAAAUCUUUUGGAUAUAAUUGUUUUUGAUGUACUGCCAUCUUCAGACGGAAAUGGGGAAGGCAGAGUUCUUUUAGCAAAAGAGACCAAGGAACGGAAUCCUCUGCGUUUUGGCUUUCAAAUAUCUUGUGGGAACCGGACAGUAAAGAUAAGGACUAGAAGUAAUGCAAAGGUUAAAGAUUGGGUUGCUGCAAUAAAUGAUGCUGGGUUAAGGCCUCCAGAGGGUUGGUGUUAUCCGCACCGCUUUGGUUCCUUUGCACCACCAAGAGGUCUAACUGACGAUGAUAGUUUUGUUCAAUGGUUCAUUGAUGGCGAAGCUGCUUUUGGAGCAAUUGCUUCUUCAAUUGAAGAAGCAAAAUCCGAGAUAUUCAUUACUGGUUGGUGGUUGUGCCCAGAAUUGUAUCUCCGACGGCCAUUUAGUGUUCAUGGGUCUUCACGACUUGAUGCUAUGUUAGAGGCAAAAGCUAAGCAAGGUGUUCAGAUUCACAUUCUUCUCUACAAAGAGGUCGCUCUUGCUUUAAAAAUAAACAGUGAAUAUAGUAAGAGAAGAUUGCUUAACAUUCAUGAGAAUGUAAAAGUUCUACGCUAUCCAGAUCAUUUUUCUACUGGUGUUUAUCUAUGGUCUCAUCAUGAGAAAAUUGUUAUUGUUGAUAAUCAAAUAUGCUUCAUUGGAGGGCUUGAUCUGUGUUUUGGUCGCUAUGACAACCAUGAACACAAAGUUGGUGAUUUUCCUCCCCUAAUAUGGCCUGGCAAGGACUACUAUAAUCCCAGGGAAUCUGAACCAAAUUCUUGGGAAGACACCAUGAAAGAUGAAUUGGACCGUGGAAAAUAUCCUCGCAUGCCUUGGCAUGAUGUCCAGUGUGCUCUUUGGGGGCCACCAUGUCGUGAUGUGGCAAGACAUUUUGUUCAGCGCUGGAAUUAUGCGAAGAGAAAUAAAGCUCCAAAUGAGCAGGCAAUUCCAUUGUUGAUGCCUCAGCAUCACAUGGUUAUUCCACAUUACAUGGGAAAAGGUAGAGAAAUUAAUGUGCAGAGUAGUGAACAAGAUGUCAGUCAAAAGGAUACUAAAAAGCUGGGUUCACUCUCCUCCCGUUCAUCAUGUCAAGACAUCCCCCUUCUAUUACCACAAGAACCUGAUGGACUAGCAGUGCCUAAUGGAAGUGCAAAUAAUGAGUUGGACAAUACUUGUGAUCUUUUAGACCAUCCAAAUAGAACUAGCCAAAACCAACCAUUUUCUUUUAGGAAAACCAAAGUUGAACAUCCUGUUCAAGAUAUGCAGAUGAAAGGCUUUGUUGAUGAUAUUGAUUCUCAUCAGUCACAGAGGGACAGACAUUUCAAUGUGAUUGCCGAGCCACUUACUCAAAAUAUGGAUGAGUGGUGGGAAACACAAGAGCGGGGCAGUCAAGUUGUCUCUACAGAUGAAGCGAGACAAGUUGGUCCUCGUACACAAUGCCGUUGUCAGGUUCUUAGAAGCGUUGGACAGUGGUCAGCUGGAACAAGCCAGACUGAAGAAAGCAUUCAUAAUGCCUAUACUUCUCUUAUCGAAAAAGCAGAGCACUUCAUUUACAUUGAGAACCAGUUUUUCAUAUCAGGUCUCUCAGGAGAUGUCAUAAUAAGGAAUCGUGUAUUGGAAGCACUGUGUCAACGUAUUAUGAGAGCUGAGAAAGAAAAGAAGUGUUUCAGGGUUAUUAUUAUCAUACCCUUGUUACCUGGGUUUCAGGGUGGCAUUGAUGAUGGUGGUGCUGCAUCUGUGAGGGCAAUAAUGCAUUGGCAAUAUCGAACCAUUUGUAGAGGACCAAAUUCAAUAUUGCAGAAUCUUUAUGACAUAAUGGGUCCUAAAGUACAUGAGUUCAUUUCAUUUUAUGGCCUUCGAUCAUAUGGAAGGCUUUGUGAUGGAGGUCAUCUGGUUACCAAUCAGAUAUAUGUGCACAGCAAGUUGAUGAUAGUUGAUGAUCGGGUGGCAUUGGUUGGUUCAGCUAAUAUAAAUGAUAGAAGCUUGUUAGGAUCUAGAGAUUCUGAGAUUGGUGUUCUUAUCGAAGAUAAAGAAUUUGUUGAAUCAUAUAUGAAUGGAAAUCCAUGGAAAGCUGGAAAAUUUUCUCUUAGUCUUCGCCUCUCACUAUGGCAAGAACACCUGGGUCUUCGUGCUGAAGAGAUAAGUCAGAUCAGGGAUCCUGUCACAAAUGCAACAUAUAGGGACAUCUGGACGGCAACUGCUAAGACAAACACCAUGAUCUACCAGGAUGUCUUUUCAUGUGUACCCAGUGAUCUUAUCCACUCAAGAGCUGCUUUCCGACAAAACACCAACAUCUGGAAGGAGAAACUCGGACAUACAACCAUUGAUUUAGGAAUCACUCCUGAGAAACUGGAGACUUAUCAGAAUGGAAAUGUCAAACACACGGACCCGAUGGAGAGACUGCAAUCAAUCAGAGGUCAUCUUGUUUCUUUCCCUUUGGACUUUAUGUGCAAUGAGGAUCUGAGACCAGGCUUCAGUGAAGGUGAGUUCUACGCAUCAUCUCAGGUGUUCCAUUAGGCUCUAUUCAUUCAUUUUGUUACUUUUCUAAGUUUAAAGGUUGUACAUUUGUUACUCUUACAACAUCGAAGUGUUGUACACCACUUAAUGAGGCAGCCGGCAUAGCUUGUAAAGGUAUCAAACAUUUGUCACAGAAAGAAGAAGAAAAAAUGAGGCUCCUGAAAGGACUAGUAGUGGGCCAAAAAUAAAAUGUUAUAAAUUAUUUGGAUGGCUCAGUCAACUAUUCGUUGAUUCUUUGAAAAAUGGAAAUAGUAAAGUUUUUAUUUUUU